AUGGUGAUAGGCCUGCACCCGCCGACCCAGAUCGCCGCCAUCCACCGACAGGCCUCCCGCGCGACCGCCGGCGCGGGCGUCGCACCCGCGCCCGCCGCGCGGCUGCGGAGCGGCCACGGCGGCGGCGGCGCGCACGGGGGCGGGCGGGGGUACCUGCACACCAUGAGCGUGCCCGUGGCGGCCAGCGGCGGCGCGGCAGCGGCGGCGGGCGACCCGGGCACAAUUCGCGGCGGCGGCGGCGGCGCGGCGGGCGCGCUGGCGGAGCAGCUGGAGCGGGUGUCGGGGCCGCUACUGCACGCCGCGUCGGCGGCGGCGCCGGUCAAUGCGGGCGCGACGGCGGCGCAGCACGGCCCUGCGCUGCACUCCUGGGCGACGCUGGGGCACCCGUCCGCGGCGGCCGCGCCUCACCAGGGCGGUUACUAUCCUCCCCUCAGCGGCUACUACUUUCCCCCAGCGCCGCCGCCCGGCUACGGCUACGGCUAUGGCUAUGCGGCAGGCGGCGGCGGCGGCGGCGGCGGCGUGGGCGGCGCGUCGGGCGUGCCGGCGGCGGCAGGGGGCUUGCAGCAGCCCAACGGCUCUGGGCAGUCCCCGACGCGCAUCUGA